CUUUAUGGCUUUCGGUUUCUCUCUCUUUUAUUUCUCUGUCUCUCAUAUCACAACCCUUCCUCUAUUAUAUACAAAUUGUUUUCUACUUAUUAUUGUUAUUACUAUUAUUCAUCGAAUAAAUAUAUAUCUUCUCUCCUCACUCCUCUUGUGAUCCUCAAUAAAUACUCUUAUCUCCCCCUUCUUCUCUCUCUCUCUCUCCGUCCUUCUCCCAUUAGUUACUUACUCACUAUACCUUGAUCACACAGCUCAAGGAGAAUUUCAAGAGGUUCUCUUGCAAGUCUUAAUUUCCAUGAUCAUGGGAUACCAAAAGCCUGCAUGGUUGGAAGCUCUUUACACACAAAAGUUCUUUGUGGGGUGCUCUUACCAUGAGAACGCUAAAAAGAAUGAGAAGAACGUCUGCUGCUUAGAUUGUUGCACCAGUAUUUGCCCUCACUGCUUACCAUCUCAUCGCUUCCACAGACUUCUUCAGGUUCGCCGUUACGUUUACCAUGAUGUUGUUAGGCUUGAAGAUCUUCAGAAACUCAUAGAUUGCUCCAACGUUCAGGCUUAUACCAUCAAUAGUGCCAAGGUGGUGUUCAUCAAGAAGAGACCACAAAACCGGCAAUUCAAAGGAUCAGGAAACUACUGCACCUCCUGCGAUAGAAGUCUGCAAGAGCCUUUUAUUCAUUGCUCUCUUGGAUGCAAGGUUGAUUUUGUGCUGAAACACUACAAGGAUCUGUCUCCAUACUUGAGGACAUGCAACUCCCUACAACUAAGUCCUGAUUUUCUGAUCCCACAAGAGACGGUGGAUGAGGAGAUGACUCGUUCAACGGUUGUGGAUUGUGAUGAGCCAAUGAGUUCGUGUUCAGGAUCAUCAGGGUCAGAGAACAACAUGAGCAUGUCUUGCACAGAGAUUGUAAGGAAAAGGAGGAGUGGAUGGAGCAGUGUGUGUGCAAAAUUCAUGGCCAACAGCAAUAACAAGGUUUCUGAUGAAGACAUGGCAAGCAGCAUGAGUAGAAGAAAAGGGAUCCCUCAUAGAUCCCCACUGUGUUAGCUAAGCUACACUAAUGAAGAAGCAGAAGAAGAAAAUAAUGGAUUUAUGAGUUUAGUAGUUGUUAAAUUUUUAAUUUUUUUAAUCACUGUGAUGUGAUAUUUUGACUGAGGUGAAAUGUUCAAAGUUCUCUGUGUCUGUCUCUCGAAAUUCAAGAUUUUGUUUAAUUAAUCACUUGGUCGGGGGUUUUGUCUUAAUGGCAUCACGUGGUUCCCAAUUCCAAGUUAUGUCUGUACAUUGAUAAAAGAUAUUAUUAUUAUCAUCAUAAUAAUUGUGGUUAAAUCA